ACGUAAUGUUAUGUGUGUGCAGAAAAAGAUGCCCCCAUCGCUGCACUUUAUAAUAAAGACUCGUUAUCUUCUAUGCUUAACCGUGCUCGUCAACUGUUGCUUUACCAUCUUCGCUAUCCGCCAACAGUUCCUGAACCACGCCGUGUAACCUCAUCCUUCCAUCCUCCAUCCCAGUUUAUGCUACUGCGAAAGUUCUAUCCUCCAUCCCAAGCAUGUGCUGCUGCAGAUACGUUGGCCCGCUCAUAAAUAAGUAUCCGCUGCCGCUAGUGAAUUCGACUCACCCUUCAUUGUUUUUCAUUGCUGCUGAUAAAGUUAAUCGGUUCGUUUGUUUUUGUGCGGUUCUACGUUCUUUUAAAGCAGCGUUCAAGAUCCAUUGGGACGAUCAGAAGAAUAACACUACAAACGAUGACUUCUUCCAACGUUUGACACUUUUGCGCGUAAUUCGUUGCUCCAUUUAUUACCUUGUUCACUCGCCAUCCCACUGUGCAUUUCGAGUGCGAAGUCAAUUGGCCAAAUCGUUGCGUCGCAAUGCGCAUAGUUUUCGUUUCAGGGAAAAGCUGUUGGAACGUUCAAGGUUUGACACACGCGUAACUUUGUCACUAUCCAAAAAAGGAAGAUCUGCGUUGCGCUCCUCACUCCUAGACUUUUGCAUCCUGCUGAUUUACGUCCGUUAUGCUUGUCGUUAGUGUGAGAGUUUGUGCAUACGCGUUCAUAGCCUUCGUU